CCGCGUCCUUAGGGCCCUAAAAAUCGGUCUUAGUCCUCUCGAAAACCGUUCACCUCGUCCAGACUACCCCCAACCUUAAUUGAAUUAAAAUUCCCUUCGCGUUUUACGAUAAUGGCCUAUCGCCAGGUGCCCACCGACCUCAUGGAGGAGUCCCCGAUGAGGCCAGUGAAGAAGAAACCCUCGAAAUCCUCUCCGUCAUCAGAAGACCCCAGCGCAAUGGAUCGUCCUACGCCAGGACGCCAUCUUGUCGACAUGUCCCCCUUCACAUUCAAGUCCUUUCUGACUCCUCGAAGAAACUCAAGGUUCGAGGAGAAGAUGAGUCCCUCUAUGGAGAUGCUGAUCAAGCGACUCAACACCCUGAGUCUGAAGACUCCGGUGCCGACUCCGCAGAAAGCUGAGAACAUGGACGGCAGUUUCAUCGAGCAGACGCCAGAAGACCUGGACACAAGCCGCGUAAAUUCGAUCAGAAGUGCCUUGAGAAGACGUUUGUCAGGUGUCCCUGGUGACCAACGUGAUCAGAAAACCAUUGAUACUGACGCCUUGAAGCAAGCGUUAGAGCGCGAACACCAGAGAUGCCUGAAUUCUAGCAUAGACCUCGAGAAUAUCGAUUUAAAUAAAUUAUUCAUGGAGGAGUCUUCGGAUUAUUUGGUGAGAGAUGAAGGCAUUCGAAAGCCAAGAGAUUUGGCCAAGGACUUCGUCAACGAAGAUGAUGAAUCGCCUCUCCCAGAGGUCGAGAAGCCUCUGCAAUGCCUGGCGCUUGCUGAGGACGUCUCAGAGUUGGACAGAAGUCUUCACGCUGUCUCGGAGGUUGUGUUCUGGUUAGCUGUGAGCAACAAGAACCUGCAGGAGGAGAGGAGAAAGUAUCCUCGAGGUCGAGGCCCGGAAGAAUCUAUUGAUCUUGGUGAGGACAUACUGAGGACCGCUGUCGAGGAGAACGUCGGCCAUCUCGUCACGAAGGAGCAGAGGGAAAUGGUGGAGCAGAGUUUCUUAAGAGAACUGUACACCGAAUUUGGAUCGAAGGAGGGAGUCGACGAUACUUCUAGGUGGAGUAUCAUGCCUGAGGUGGGAACUCCUCCUACUGAGGAGAAGGAUGAGAAGGGUGAGAUCUCCAGAAUUGGGGAGAAAACCCCUGGAGAGGCAAUUGCCAGGAACAGGAAUUUGAAUGUUACAAAGCUUCGGGAGAAUGAGAUGGAGUUCACACCGCCUGUCAGCUCAACCAUCAUCUCUAAGGAGGAUGAGGAACCUGUGGCUUCUACCAGCAAAGCUACGGAGUUGAUUCAACCGUUCGAUAUUAAGGAAGAGUCACCUGUUAUUUUGGAGACGUCGCAGGAUCUGAUGCAGUUCACGCCGGAUCCAAGCGCGUCCGCUAAUGCUCUUGAUUUGAGCUUUUUGGAGGACCCCAAUGAUGACUCUGUUGUCGAAGUGGCUGCGACCUCUAUGUACUACGAUUGUCAGGAUGAUCUUAAUGAGACUAUUGAUCUCUGCAGUCCUCUGAGUAAAAUCAGCAGUCCUGCAAGGGUCAAUUCAGUGUCGAAGAAGAAGAAUAUAUCUCCGAGGACCAGGAUUCUGUUGAAUCGACCUAAACAGUCGCACAAGAAGGUCUCCAAUUAUGUCAGACCUCAAGGUGUGCCAUUUCCACCAUCACACAAGCUGACAGUGGCUGAGGUGUUUGAUGCACGGACUGGUAGACCACGUCCCGAUGUCCUCAAACAUCACUUCAUCCUUGAGGGGAGAAUCGAUGAGGCAGCAGCACUACGUAUUGUCAAUGACGGUGCUGCACUUCUACGAUCGGAGAAGACUAUGAUCGACAUCGAAGCUCCAGUCACAGUUUGUGGUGAUAUUCACGGACAGUUCUACGACCUCAUGAAAUUAUUCGAGGUUGGAGGACCACCAUCCACAACAAAAUACCUCUUCCUCGGGGAUUACGUGGACAGGGGCUAUUUUAGUAUCGAGUGUGUACUGUACCUGUGGGCAUUGAAACUGUGCCAUCCAACGACACUCUUCCUACUCAGAGGCAACCACGAGUGCAGGCAUCUCACAGAAUAUUUCACGUUUAAGCAAGAAUGUAAAAUAAAGUACUCUGAAAGGGUUUACGACGCAUGUAUGGACGCAUUUGACUGUUUACCACUUGCUGCCCUCAUGAACCAGCAAUUUCUCUGCGUACACGGUGGUCUAUCCCCAGAAAUUCAUCACUUAGAAGAUAUUCGAAAGUUGGAUAGGUUCAAAGAGCCCCCAGCCUUCGGCCCAAUGUGUGAUCUCCUCUGGUCAGAUCCUCUCGAGGACUUUGGAAACGAAAAGAAUGCCGAGCAUUUUUCUCACAACAGUGUCAGAGGCUGUUCGUACUUCUACAGCUAUGCAGCGUGUUGUGACUUUCUACAAAACAACAGUCUCUUGAGCAUUAUUAGGGCACAUGAGGCACAAGAUGCUGGAUAUCGUAUGUAUCGUAAGUCUCAGACGACGGGCUUCCCAUCGCUUAUCACCAUCUUCAGUGCACCCAACUACCUCGAUGUGUACAAUAAUAAGGCGGCCGUGCUCAAGUAUGAGAACAACGUGAUGAACAUCAGACAAUUCAACUGCUCACCACAUCCCUACUGGCUGCCCAACUUCAUGGAUGUAUUCACGUGGUCCUUGCCAUUCGUCGGUGAAAAGGUCACGGAGAUGCUGGUCAAUGUACUCAACAUUUGCUCGGACGACGAGCUCAUGAGCGACGGAGACGACGCCCUCGAGGAAGAUGUCGCAGCCAAAGUCGUUGUACAAAAAAAAAAUGGUGCAGCAGCAAACCUUCGGAAGGAAGUUAUCAGGAAUAAGAUACGGGCUAUUGGGAAAAUGGCUCGAGUGUUCUCUGUACUCAGGGAAGAGAGUGAGAGUGUCCUGCAGCUCAAGGGCCUCACCCCAACAGGUGCUCUACCCCUGGGAGCCCUCUCAGGUGGCAAGACGUCCCUGAAAAACGCACUCCAAGGAUUCUCACCAAACCACAAAAUCACAUCAUUCGCUGAGGCUAAGGGUCUUGACGCCAUUAACGAGAGAAUGCCACCGCGAAAAGACGCACCACCGACUCCAGUAAAUGAAGAAAAACCCGUUAUAAAAACACCCACGUCAACUACGUCUGAGAAACGGGAACAUUGUGCCCCAGCGCCCCAUUCGUGAGUCUCAUAAGGAUCCAAUAUCGAGGUGACAAUUGGCGAGGGAUAAUGAUCCAGUAAAAGUCGCCAAAUUCACAAUACAAACAUUGAUCGUCUCCCCACUUCCCCCCCUCCCCUGGAAUUAGAAAUAGUUCAUUGGGCCGAAAGGAUAAUUAAUCGAAGGAAAAAUCGUAAAAUGAGAAAAAAAAUGCACGAGGAUAAUUGACAAGAGCAAUCGUUCUCGAGAAAAAAAAAACGAGGAGAGCCCAACGUCAGUAUGAGUAUGAAUAAUCGAGUAUUGCAGAUGGGUGAUGCGAAAAAAAAAGAAUAAUAAAGAAUAAAGGAUACAUUCGGGGCAUGCGCGUGUGAUCCAAGCAAGAGAGAACAACGCCCACGUUGAACAAUUAUGAGUAAAACCCAGCCAGCGCAUUAAAAAUAUUAACAAAAAUGAGGGGAAGAUACUAACUGAAUGGUUAAUUUCAAUGAAUUAUCAAAUGAAAGCAAUUACUCCCGUAUGAUUAAACAAAAUGAUUAAAAAUGCCAAUGAUAGAUGAGAGAAUACGAGUGUGGGAGGCACUACCGUCUACUUGCAGCUGGUCUGCCACGACGUACGGUGAAUGUUUUUUUCUUUGUUUUUCUCUUCUUUUGUUUGAUUUACAAAUGCUUAAAAAUAAAAUGAAAAAUGAUGGUGAAGAAAUGUGCAAGGAGAGUAAACUAUUUAAUACUAAUUAAUUAACACAUUUUCACUCACAUAUUGCGAACACUCCUGAGAAAAUUAAUCGUGCACCCUAUGGUGGGUUUAUUACCGUAUUAAUAUAACAUCCAAAUUUUCACGUAUAUUAAAGGAUUAAAUAAUGGAAUGAAUUUUAAAUUUUUGAGAUAUAGAAUUGGGGGGGUUAUCACUCGGCGUCGUUUGGAGCUCGGGAUGUUGAUUAGUUUUUUUUUCUGUCUGUUGAUUAUUGAUUUUAAUUUGGAGAUUGUUGAGGACGUGAAUAAGCUCUCUCAUCAGUAUUUCUUCACGAUUGAUUGUUAAAUUUAUUCUGGGAUGUUUUGUGGUUUUAUCUUGCCAGGUGGAUAGUUCUCAUUCAUAAUACAUUUUUUUCUUCAACAAUAUUUCGUCAAUUCCUCUGAGAUCUAGUCAAUCUAGUCCGUGCAAUUCCUCAACUUACGCAUGCAUACAAACCCUCGUGCAAUGAACGAUCUGAAUCUCAGGUUCUCUUUUAAUUCCUUAAAUACAUUUAAAAGUAAUCGUUAUGGAUAAUUGUUAUGUUACUUCGGUUAUUGUUUCCUGUGAGUUUUUUUUUAAAGCCUCGAGCCUCCAGACGGCGUGCAGCGAUAGUGUUUGUAGGAUACAUAAACUUGAAUCUCGCAAUUAAGAUGGAAAUUACAAGAGUGUGAAUGAAGGGUGAGAAUUAUAAAUUAUCUAAUUAUUAAUGAUGAGCCAUGACACCUUUGGUCUUGAAUUAAUGAAAAAUAUAAUAAUGGGUGUGUGGACCCUGUUUUCGUUCACUGGAGAUGAAGUAAAUUCCCUUAAUCGCACGUUUAAUCAGGAAUACAAGUAAAUUUCGUUCAUUUUCUUACGAAAGAAUCUCUCAAGCCAUGUUAUAAUAAAAUUAAGAAAAUGAAAGUUUCGGGGAGUUUAUGAUGAGAGAUUGGUGGGGGACCGAGAAACAAAUAAAAUGGUUAAACAAGAGAAUAUAUUACCACGAGAAAAAAACUAAUAAAUAUGAAGAUGAAAGCAGAAAAAAAAUUAAAUGAUAAAAAAAAACAUAAUAGCGUUGAAUCUUUUAUGAUUUUUAAUGUGUGUUCUUGCUAUUGAGGAUAAGAAAUUAAUGGGGCUCUCGAGCCCCUGAAAAAGAUGAUUAAAAUAAAAUAAAGUAAAUAUAUUUAAAAACAAACUCUCUCCCUCCCUGGGUGUCGCUCGUACCUUUAUAUGCACCGAAUGUGGAUCAUUUGCCGAUUAAAUAUUCAUGUGAAAGUUGAGGGACGAGUUAUUUUGAGACUCUCAAGCACAAAAUGUGGUAAAAAAAUAUCGUUAAUUAUUCAUUGAGCAGUAAUUUUAGUCGUAAUUGUCAAUCCCACUCUCACCAUUUUUCUCCCUUCGAAUGAUUUCUCCCAGAGUGGUGCUUCCGUCGUUUGGAGGCCAGGGCAAAAUUAAUAAUUCAUUAUCAGUGUUAAUUAAUCACGAUUAUUGAGUAAAAAUAAAUGAAAAUUUAAUGUAAAAUGGCAAAGAUCCCUUUCGCGUCGUUGAGCGACACUGAUUUUACGAUUAAAUGAAGAAUAAAACACUGUACCGAGGAAUAAAGUGGAAAAUAAGCAGAAAAAAAGCGAAUAAGAGAAUUAAAUGAAAAAAAAAAAAAAGAAUAUCUUUCACUCUGUCUCUUCACUAUGAUAAUUAUAUAAUGAAUAAUAAUGAAUAAUUCUAUCUCUCUUUGCUACCAAGUUGUACUUAUUCUUAAUUGAUUUACUUGUACAAAAACAAAAAAAAUUAAGAACAUGUGUUAAAUAAUAAAACAAAAUACAUAAUAUAAUAUAAACAAAAAUGAUAUCAUUAAUAUUCAUUAAUAUCUCUAUCGAAAAAUAAUAAUAAAUGACAAGCAGGAGGAAUGAAAUAGUUGACGAAUGAAUUUAUGAGUUGAUAAAUUCAAUUUACGCUGAAUCAAUUUAAUAACGUAUAUUGCAAAGUCAUGUGAUUGUAUUUAUCAUGCAAAUUAGGUCAAAAUAAUUCUGAAUUACGAUUGGAGAAUCAAAUUUUGAUGGAAAAUAACGUUUGAGAGAGAAUUUAUGGUAAACUUUCUGACUCACUUCCUUGUUUUUUUUUUUCGUCUGUAAAUUUAAAACUUCAUGAACCUUUUAAUAAAUAAAUAAUUAAAAUGAUAAUGAAAAUGAAGGUGUACAAUGGACGAUUGAAAUUAUCUCUUGAAUGCAUGUGUGAGUGAGUGAGACCUCUAUUUAUUUAUGAAGAAUUGUAAUCGUUGGAUUAACGUUCUUCUUGAUCGUAUAAUUCUUUUGAUAAAUACGCGACUGCGAGUGGAUGCUUCGUGCAUGAAUCCUACUUCACUAUUUUCAUUUGUUCCCCUCUUCGUCAUUUCAUGCGGAAUUUUAACUGAAAUUUUAAUAAACGCGGUUUUAUAGUCAGAAAUUCAUCUUCUGCAUGAAAUUUUAGUGAAUCUCUUUGCAUUUUAUACGUCCAAUCGAGGUGAAAUUCACCGACGAUUUGUUUUAUUUUUCAUCGGGCUAUUUAUUUUCAACAAUUCGUCACGUUUCACCUCAUUCCCCUCAAUUCUCCCCCAUUAAAACUAGCAGAAAUUGGCAUUAUUCUAAAGAAAACGCAUAACAAAUUUUCAUAGUGUCUCUUCGUCAGCAAUACGAAACGACAAUUUUAAAAAUCAUGAAAUUGUACAUACACGUGCGUUUGCUAUUACUAGAACUGUUACUAACUCUAAGAUCUUUGACUAUUCAUUUUUUUAAUCGAGGCUGACAAUUUCGAGGGAAGAUAACGAAAGAAAAGUAUUUUAGUGACAAAAAUGAGAGAUUAAAAUCAUCGAUUGAGCUGAAGAAAAAAAAGCAUGAGUCUAUAAAUAACAGUUUGUUUAUUUACAUGUACAGAUGUACCACAUGUAUCGCAUACGACCCAGUACAUGUGAAUAACGAUGAUUAAUACUGUAAUGAAAAUAAAACAAUUGUCAUCAUCAUCAUUACUACAAUUGACCAUUAAUCGGGUAGGGGUAUUCGAGGAGUUGAUUAUUCGAGUGGAAAUGAUCAAGUAAAUAAUGCAGUCUUACUCAUACAUUUAUUCAAUAUGAAAAUUACAACGCGAUGAUGCAUACAUUAUCAAUAUCGUAUGGUAUCUUAUUAUUCUCUUAAUAUUAUUACUAUUUAAAAUAAUGAAAAAAAUGAGAUGAAAAACGACACUCCCUAUUGCCCGUUUGUUGUGAAUGUUUACGUUGUUUAAUGAUACUCAAAUGAUUCUAAAAAUAAAAUCUAUGAUUUCCACCAA